AUUGCACAAGAAGUGUAUCUAAUUACAAAAUGUGUGUAAAACUGCUUAUCAAAAAUACCGCGAUAAACAAACUGUCGCCAUAACCUGACAAUUAUAAUCAUAUUUAUAACCUUUCCCCAUAUCGUUAUCCAUAUCAGUCUAAACUUGACACAAUACAACUCAACAACGCAAGCAGCCAUAACAAAGGGGCGCGUAUCCGUUUCACGAAAUGGCUGAGCAACUGACGGACGAGCAGAUUUCUCAACUCAAAGAAACGUUUGCAGCAUUUGACGAGAAUGGAGACGGGGUCAUAACAACGAGUGAAUUGAGUAAAGUUUUGAAAUCAAUUGGGCAAAAUCCAACCGAAGCUGAGCUGAAAGACAUGAUUAACGAAGUUGAUGCUGACGGUGAUGGGACAGUAGAUUUCGAUGAAUUUGUCUCCAUGAUGGCAAGAAAAAGGAACGAUAGGGAUACUGAUCAACUAACAGAAGAACAAAUUGCUGAAUUUAAAGAAGCUUUCAGUUUAUUUGACAAGGAUGGUGAUGGAACCAUUACUACCAAAGAAUUGGGGACAGUUAUGCGGUCACUGGGACAAAAUCCAACAGAAGCAGAACUUCAAGACAUGAUUAACGAAGUUGAUGCUGACGGUAAUGGAACGAUCGACUUUCCUGAAUUUUUAACCAUGAUGGCAAGAAAAAUGAAAGACACGGACAGUGAAGAAGAAAUUCGUGAAGCUUUUCGUGUUUUUGAUAAAGACGGUAAUGGAUUUAUCAGUGCUGCUGAAUUACGACAUGUUAUGACAAAUCUUGGUGAAAAAUUAACAGACGAGGAAGUAGAUGAAAUGAUUAGAGAGGCUGAUAUUGAUGGUGAUGGACAAGUCAAUUAUGAAGAGUUUGUAACCAUGAUGACCAGCCGAUGAACUGUGUGAAAUUUAGUUUGUGACACACUCGGGACAAUGCAUUUUGACUUAGAUAUCUCUUUUCUUUUGGUUGGUGAUACGUUCUUAUUUUUUAAAAAAAAACUAUAGGCCUAGAUCUAUGUCAAUUUUAUUUAUUCUGUUUGGGUAAAAAGUACAGCGAUUCUCGACAAUAAAAUGCCGUCCAUCAGGAAUCAUGCGUUGUGAAAACAAGAAUUGAAAUGUUUCUGUAUCAACUUUUGUUCGCGAGUUUCGACAACGACAAUACUUUACAUUACGUAAAAUGGAUUGGUAGCUCUCUUUUAACACAGGAGAAUGGACAAUGACUGAGAUGAGUUUCCAUUAGCGCCAGACCAAACGAUGAAAACCGUGGUUAUACUUGAAUUUGAAAAAUCAUCGCUAGUUUGAAAAUGGAGCAAAAGUCGUGUUUGGACGGCUCUAAUAGUGACACGUGUGCCUACAUCUGUUACAAUAAUGAAAGUUUAUUUGAGAUUUUUCUAAAUAUUCAACGAUUUCUUUGUUAUUAUGAAUCCUUGUGUUGGCAGAUUAGAUUGUUGAACCUUCUUCAAUUAUGUACGCGGCUUUAUUAUUAUAUUUAUCAUACAAAUCCAAUUCUUAUACCAUUUCACUAUUAAAUUAUUAUUAUUAUUAUUUAUUCUAAA